UUUCUUUUCUUUUUUUUUUUUCCGUCGCUUCUUCGCGCCGCCUCCCCUCGACGCCGGCGCCGCCGCUCUCGUGAGCCACCGCCACCGCCGGCGCCGCCGCUCUCGUGAGCCACCGCCACCGCCGGCGCCGCCGAGCCUCCUCCUCCGGCAAGACGUCUCAUCCAGGCCUCUCCCUCCCCCUCAGACGCCGCCUCUGCGCCUCCAUUCUCGAGAUCCGAGGUGAGCCCUUCUUCUUCCUCUUCCCCUCUCCUCUUUUCUCCAGGGUUCCGCAGUGACAGGACGGAGGAAGCGGGAGGAUGCAGGAGGGGAGAAGAGCCUCGAGGAUGCAUCGUGCUCCUCGCUUCGUCCACUUCCUCUCCUCCUCCUCCUCCUCCUCCUCCUAGGGUUGCGUUGAGUCGGUGACACAUGGGACCUCACUCCCUGGUUUGCUUGCAGCGGCGGAUUGCUAGCUCCUUGGAUGGCAGUUCUAGCUUGUAGUUCUUAUUUGACGAAAUCGUGAUCUUGUGAAUAUUAACAUGGAACAGUUGUAGCUCGUAGUUCUUCUUUGAUGAAUCUUGAUCUGGUGAGUAUCAACAUGGAAGGAGUGGAAGCUAGGUCGCUCGCUGCUCACUCUACACAGCAGCAUGUUUUCUGAUGUUUUACAUUUGCUGAAUACUGUCAACAUAAUUGAACUUUUACUUUGUCAUUACUUGGUAUAUCCACAGUUUGUCUCGUCUUCCACCUCCGGCCACCGGAUUUAGUGCCGGUCAUGGUUAUAGCUUGAUUUUGAGUCCUAGGGUGUGUGUGAUCGGUGAUUCGCCACCAGCGGCCAUGGGGUGGAGGGGCGAGCAACGGGCGUAGCAAGCCGAAGAGCCACACUUGUAGGAGGGGGCAGGGGGACGGAGCCGUGGGUGGCCGGCGAACUGAAUUGCUAGAGCUAGGCACAUCGUCCUCAAGGGCGCGUCUCGGCACAAGGCGCAGUACAGGAUCAUGUCUUCAAAGAGAGGAGGAGGUGGCCGCCGUGGUCGUGGCUGUGGCCGUGGGAGAAGUGCUUUGGCUGAAAAUGACAUGGACUUUCAUGAAACCUCCACACCUUCUUCCCCAAGUACUACUUCUGAUAAAGAGGACAAUGUUGAGUUUACUCCGCAGCAAAGCCCACUACCUUGUCUUGUAAGCCCAUCAGUAGAGCAUGUAUCCAACACAUUACUCAAUCCAAAGAUCAACCACCGAUCGGACGCAAUCUUCGGUGAUCAGGCUGUGGAACAGUUGAAGUUGCGACAUCACAAACCUUUAAAAUUUCAUGAGAGAUACCGUCCUUAUUUGAGGGAUGCUGGCUUGCUUGGGCUCUCACAAAUUUGCCAGAAGAUGCCUCAGUUGGACAAGGCAUUGAUCACUGCCCUUGUUGAGCGUUGGAGACCAGAAACUCAUAGUUUCCACCUGGCUUCUGGGGAGAUGACAGUUACACUACAAGAUGUCUCAAUGUUGUUAGCUCUUCCUAUCGAUGGCCGUCCAGUUUGUUCUACCACUGAUCAUGAUUAUGCGCAGAUGGUCAUUGAUUGUCUAGGUCAUGAUCCAAGAGGACCAUCAAUGCCUGGAAAAUCUUUUCUGCACUACAAAUGGCUAAAGAAGCAUUUCUAUGAAUUACCAGAAGGGACAGAUGAUCAGACUGUGGAGAGGCAUGUUCGAGCAUAUAUCCUGAGCCUUCUAUGUGGGGUGCUAUUUCCAGAUGGAACAGGACGGAUGAGUCUGAUAUAUCUUCCACUGAUUGCUGAUCUUUCUCUUGUUGGGACAUACAGCUGGGGAUCUGCAGUGCUGGCCUUCCUAUACCGUUCUCUUUGUUCUGUUGCUUCCUCCCACAAUAUCAAGAACAUUGGUGGUUCAUUGCUUCUCUUGCAGCUUUGGAGCUGGGAGCGCUCCCAUGUUGGCAGACCGUUGGUCCGGUCUCCCGUGUGCCCAGAGACAGACAUUCCACAGGAUGUGCUCCCAGUUGGCUUUCGUUGGGUAGGUGCUCGCACACAAAGUGAGAAUGCUACACGCUGUCUUAAGCAGUACAGGGAUGAACUGAAUCUGCAGCGAGCAGAUCAGGUGAAGUGGGAGCCGUACUUGCACAUUGAGUCUGCAAGCUUGCCACUGCUUUGUACAAAAAAUGCUGACUUGUGGCUUACACAAGCUCCACUAAUAAAUUUUCCAAUAGUCGAGAUGUAUUUGCCUGAGCGAGUGAUGCGGCAAUUUGGGCUUCGCCAAUCCAUUCCACCACCUUUUCGGCCUACACUACAGGCGCUGCAUCGUAUUAGUCGACGUGGCAGAGAACGUGAGAACUGGGAAGAGACACAUCAUGAGUACAUUCAGGAAUGGGAAGCCCGCCGACAGCGCAUAUUUCCAGAGUCAGAGCAGUAUGACCCGUCUUCUUAUGAGGAGUACCUGCAUUGGUACACAGGGGCUACACGGCGGUAUCUUGUACCAUCAAUCAGUGAUGAUGUGGAAGCAGGAUCUUCAUUACAGCCUGAUGACUCCAUUAAUCUUCAUUAUCAAGCCAAGGCUCCUAUGAUCCGCAAAGCAGUUGAUAAACUGCAUGGUAUGGUAAAGAAGGCCAAGAUAGCCAUGGCGUCCACAGCUGAUACAACCACACAAGCCUUGGUCUUUGAGUUUCUGCAUGGCUUUCAAGAUGUUCUUCACGACCUUGGCGAGAUCAAGGAAAAUGGUGGUUCAGCUACUAGUCCACAUGUUGAAUCAGCUGCCACUCAAGACAUGCCUCUACUUUUGCUAGAAACUGAACAGAACAUUGUGGAUGCCGAUCAAGAAGCUCAACACCAGGAAGAGGAAGAGCUUCACAUGGUGGAUGAUGCAACAAUGACCCUUGAGCCUAUGGAUGAGGAGAACAAUGAUUUCAACAAUGUCAUCUGUCCAUGUCCUUCACUGGAGUUGGAGGAACAUUGUCACUUAGCUACACCAGCCAUCGAUGAGUGUAAUACAGCCACUCCUGCUCCAGACUCUGUAAUUCCACAGCAGAACACUGAUUUUGAUCAAGAUGGACAUCUGGAAAAUCCUAAUGAAAUGGACCAGAUUGAACUGAUGGUGGAACCUAUAUGUGUGGAUCACAAUGAUUCCGACAAUGUGCUCUCAUCCAGCCCGUCAGCUCAGGCACUGGAGGAGAAUUGUGAAGUAGCAAAGGCAGUCAAUGGAAAUGUCGAUCCAACCACCCAAGUUACUGGCUCAUCUACCCCACAACAGGACACAGAUGUCAAACUAGUUGCUGAACAGGAAAACCCAGGCACAACAGAGGGCAACUAACUAUAAUGGUGUCCCCUCAUCUGCAGAGGAGACAGGCGAUUCUGAUUUCACCCCUCAUCAUGUCACCUUUGUAUAGUGACUAGUUAUGUUUGCCAUGUUGAUUUUUUUGACAUUAGAAGUUCUUUUUUUUGUAUUUAUAUUCAUUGAUGGUAGUAUUCUGCUUCAUCUCCAAUGUAAUAUGGGAAUGGAUAUAUUAAGCCCUAGUGUAUACUGUAUACUACCUCCAUCCCAAAAUGUAGUUACCUAGUACUCAACUGGACACCUCCUAGUACUAUAAAACUGGACAGGGGUGUCCAAUUUCGUACUAGGUAGCAAAAUUUUGGGAUGGAGGUAGUAAUGGUUUUCCUUAGAAGAUGCUUAACUUUAUAAUUGAUGAGCAUAUUAGUGAUAGUGACAGUUAGAUGGAUGAUGCUGCAUCUACUACUGGCCAAUAUGAUCAGCAAGAUAAAGAUUGGAGCUGCUUCAUAUCUCCACUUCAUCAAAUUUAUAGAAGGUAAAUGAUUCUUUAUUAUCUAGUAUGAAGGUGUACACUGAACUUGUUGCUGCACUGUCUUUAGUGUUAGCUAAUAUAACUUUUGCGCUUUUAUUAGCUGUGCCCUUCUCAUAUACCUAUGGACUACUGAGUCAGCAGUAACCAUUUAUAGUACUUGUGUGUCAUACUGAUUUAAAUGAACUGUGCAGGUAUUUGUUACGGUAAAGUGCUUUAGAGCUAUUCAUGGUAGAUAGGUCAAAUUUCUUCGAUUUCGAGGUACAUCCUUGAUGAUACUCUAGUUUGCGUUGUUGGAAUCAUAUAGCACACUACAGCUGCCUAAAUAUUUUAAAGAUGCAUAUGAUUUUUAUCUAGGAUACAGAAAGCAUGUAAACAUGCUUAUUUAUCGGGCAACCAUUCAUACAAAACCUCCUUAUUUGAACAACAUUUUCCUAGCUACCCAGGUUGGUGUUCUUCUGCAAAGUUCAAUGUUGAAAUCUGCUCUUACUGGAAGUUUUAAUCAAUUGCAUUUUUAUUUGAGACCUGAGUAAAUAUGUAAGAAGUUGCAAUUGACAGAGUGCUGGGCUAGAUGGGAGGUUGAUAUGCAAUCAACCACCUUUUCAGCCCAACAUGUUAAGUGUAUUCAAGAUUUAAGUAGAUCUGUCCUUUUGUGCAGAUUAGCAAUUUUGACUACCUGAUGGAACUGAACACUCUUGCUGGGCGCAGUUACAACGACAUUGCACAUGCAUAUUACCACUCCAAAACAUUUUGGAUCUGGAAGAUCUGUCUGGCGUCCGCAUACUGAGAUCUUCCAAAAGUGGAUUCUGUACCUCAUUCCUUGCUGCCAAUUUGGACCUCUUCUGUGCAUUUUUUUUCUUUUCCAUUCAUUUACUCUGGGGAUGAUAUCUUGUUCAAUAACUGCUGAUAGUGAUACUUCAAAAUUUUCAAUGCAGCCGGUUGGCGCUCUGAAUCCUGCAUGACUGGAGAAACCCCAAGAACAUUACUCUAGUUUCAACGACCCAAUCAUCCCAAAAUUUCACCUACCGUUCACAUUGCUCCUGUCCUGGCAUGGUACCUUUUCUUAGAUUAUGCAUGUUUUGUGUCAGCAUUUUGCUUGUGUGUUGCCCCUUUUGUUUGGAGUUAGAUUAAUUUAUUGUCAUCCCAUUUGAUUAAUCGGUUCUCUACUGUUCAUCAAUGACAAUCCCUUCAGGUGUUAUCGUGCUAUUGGUUGUUGACAUAAGCAUCUACUGCAGGUGUUAUAUUAUCUUGUCAGGAUAGAGCCUUUUACGGCCCUUUCUAUUCAGCAGCAAUGUGGCAGGUUUGGUCAAUAUGAUCACACGUUUUCUUGUAUCAACAGAACAUGGAACAGUGUCCUUGAAGACAUGAAUAAUGUAAAAAAGUUAGUGAGUUUUGUUAAAAACUGUGCCCUCAAUUCACUGUGGUAUAUUGUGCAUUGCUUAGCACGGAAGUCUAAUCAGAAUCUUUGGUGGAACCUAAUUAUGGUGAUUAUUUCUGUAGAUUCCAGAGAUAUUUUACCUUACUGAGUUACACUAAUGUGAAUUUGGUUGACUUAGGGUCAACUCAACUUUCUGGAAAGCUAUGUAAGUUAUUUCAUUCUGUAUUACAGGCUCCGUGGAAUUGCCUCCUUGGUCUCAACCCUGUUGAUUUCAUAUGUAAACACAGGAAAGCUCUUGAGAGUGAUCAUGUCUCCGCUCAUUUGCAUGAAUGGAUCGACCUAAUAUUUGGGUAUGUUAUUUAUGUGUUGUUCCUUUUUGUUGCCUCCUAUGAACAAAAUGACGUUUCCCCA